AUGGAUUUCCCAACUUUUGAUGAGGUGGAAUGGGUACGCUAUGUUUUGAGUCGCAUUCAGGGAGAAUUCAUCUGGUUGGACCGGCCAUACAAGAUUACUGAGGAAGUUAUCAAGAAUGUCACAUGUCUUCACAAAAUCGAAGGCAUUCUCGGUACUAGAUGUAAGUUAUCUCACACUGAAAUGAAUAAAUUUACUGACGCAACUUUUGAUGGAAGGUCUAUGAGGGUAGAUGAUGUCAAGGACAUAGAUGUUAAAUUUGCAGCAAUGGUUAUUGGUUAUAAGGUUGUACAACCCAGGACUAUAUGGAUAAUGCCUAUGGGUUAUGAGGUUGAGGAAGCUACACAACACCUUUUGCAGGCACCGGUAGAUGAAAAGGAAGAGAAAUUUGGAACUGCUAAGGAGAAAGGACUUAAGGUUCAUCAGGAACAAGUAGCUCCAGCAAUCCAAAAGAAGAUGACCCGGCUAGCAGUAGAGACAUUGAUAAGUGAAGGUGUUGAUAGAUCUAAGGUUGAGCAGCAUGUUAAAAUUUUGGAAGAACAUAGGAAGAAAGAGUUAAAACAAAAAAGGAAAGAGGAAAGGGAAGCCCGGAAAGUAGCUCAGGCCACACCCAAUGUGGUCCCAGUUACAUCAGAGACAUCCAAACAACCGGAAGCUAAGCCUGCCAGUCAGACACCGGAGGUUCCUAAGGAGAAAUAUGUUUUUGCUAGAGUGGUAAGGGAGAAGAAAGAAGAACAAAAGUUUGAACUUGUCAAGGAGACUCCUCAGAGGCCAAAGAUCACCAUUGUACAUAAGAGGAAACCCAAAUUAGAUGAGCAAGCUAAAUCUGAAUCUAAACGGAGAACCAGUAAGAAAAAGAUGAAUGCACAAGAUUUGAUUGAACAGAUUGUAAAUGAUAGUAAUUUAGAUAUUUCUUCAUUCUUUGACAAUUUUGGUGAGGAGGACAAUAAGCAAAUAGAAGAGGCUAUUCUUUUAUAUCUUGAUUCAUUUAGUAGGGCAUUGAUAGAAUUAGAGAAAGUUUUGCCUAAGGAGUUAUUUGAUAGAUUAGAGAGGCAGGAUGUAAAUAAGGAUACAGGUGCAGAGGAUACUCAAGUUUUGGGUGAGGCACCAAGUGGCAAAGCCACCGGUGCACAAGAGCUAAAGGAUACAAAGGUUGUCUUUCCGGUUGAUAAGGGUAAGGAGACUGUGGUGGAUCUCUCCUCCAACUUGGCUUGUGACACUUCUGCCAUAGCUAAAGGAAAUUUAUCACAACUUUCCAUCAGUUUUGACAAACCCUACCAUAAGAUGUCACCGACAGAGAAGAUUUUGGCAGCGACAGUUCUUCAAGCACAGGCUACUCAGGAAUUGGCUCAGGCAAAGUCAAAGGACAAAAAACUGAUUGAGCAUAGUUUUGAAGUUUUGAACCAAUUAGUCUUGGAAUUUCAAGCUCAGGAUGGUGCAAGCUCUUCGGGCAAAUUAGAGGAAAUCAUUGAUUUUAUCCCCAAACAUUAUGAUUCUUUACUGAAGAUUUCACUAACAGAGGCUAAAGAAAGUUUUGUGGUGGCCCAGAAGAUAACAUUUUUGCAAAUGAUUGAGAUGGACAAGAAGAAACUCCAAACCUGCUUGCAGUCCAUUGAUGCAGCUUUGGCUGAAGGAGCCGACUUGUUUAUAUAUCUUGUUGAAGCUGACAUGGUUAAGUUAGAAGGAUAUUUAAGAUCAUUUCAGCGAUAG